GAUCUGGCUCUGGCUUGCAUCGCUUUCGGGCCCAAGCAUCUCCCUGCUGGACCAGCACAUCCUUGCUGCCGAAUAUUCGAGCUGUUGACCGCCUGAAUCUGAACCUGCCAGCGAUGCAUGCGGUGGGAUCGGCGUGUGCAGUCAAAAGGGCCAACGAGACCGAAGUCGUUCGGGAUUGCCGGUUGAUCGACGGCAGGAUCGAAUACUAUGUACAUUUUGUUGGAAAGGAUAAGCGCCUGGACCAGUGGGUGGACGAGUCUCAAGUGCGUCUGGUCGAGCCAAAGCCCGAGCCCGCCGUCGACAGCAGACUUGCGGCUGAAGGCCCAACCACAGGCCCGUCAAGGCCGAUUCAAUCGAUAAGCACCAGGGCUUCGACCCAUCCCCACAUUGGUGCGAAAGUCCUGGCGGGGAUCUUACCACCGAUGCCAACGCCAACGGCCGAAGCAUCCACAACAGAAGCUGCUGUCCCCGCCGAUCGAACACUGACCCGCAACAUGAAGCGAAAGCUGGAGUUGACUGAGGCUGCACCGGCCGACAUCGUCAAGACACACGGCACGGCCAGCACAAGCACAAGCACCAGCGCCGCCAGCGCCGAUAACGAGGAAGAGGUGGAUCCCACCUCCAAUUCGAUCAAAAAUAUCCAGUCGAUUGUCUUUGGCAACUUUAGGAUUUCCACCUGGUACCAUUCGCCGUAUCCGGACGAGUACUUCUCGGUCGAUACCCUCCAUGUCUGCGAAUGGUGUCUCAAGUACAUGCGCUAUGAAGCAUCGAUGGAGUCGCACCUGAAGAACUGCACCAAACGGAAGCCUCCUGGAACCAUGGUGUAUCGAUCGCCCUCGAUCAAGAUCUUCGAGGUGGAUGCCAAGGACAGUAAGCUUUAUUGCCAGAACCUGUGUCUGCUGGGCAAAUGCUUCUUGGACCACAAGUCCAUCUUCUACGACGUCGAGCCCUUCCGCUUCUACGUGCUCACCGAGACAGAGCGGGUGCGCGGCCAAGAGUUGGAGCGGUUUGUGGGCUUCUUUUCCAAGGAAAAGGACUCGUACGAAAACUUCAAUCUGGCGUGCAUCAUGAUCCUGCCACCGUAUCAAAAGAAAGGAUACGGUCGGCUGCUGAUCGAAUUCAGUUAUGAGCUCUCCAAGCUGGACUGUCGAAUUGGCUCGCCCGAGCGACCACUAUCCGAUCUCGGGCUUCGAGGCUAUCUGUCAUUCUGGGAAACCGUCCUCUACGAUACGCUGGUGCACAACACAAAUGUCGAUAUAUCGGUGGAGGAGCUCAGUCUCAUCACUGGAAUCAAAGAGGACGACGUGAUCCUGGCACUGGAGUCCAUGCAGGUCCUGGACGGGUGGUCGGACCAGCAAGUAGCCAUUGUGUCAAUGACAAAGUUGCAAGACUAUGCAAACCGACACCAAGCACGCCGUCUCCGCAAAAUCGACCCCUCAUGCAUCACUUACACCCCUCAUGCGCCCAACAAGCGCAAGAGCGGCUGGGAGGCGCGAUACUGAGUCAAUCUAAGCGCAGCCUCAGUCAGACAGUGGCGGUUAUAUUUCAUGUCU